AUGUCAGCAAAGUUGCCACUGUCUCCUAUUAGCCAUCAGUUAUGUCGGAACAGCUACAGGUUCUGGAACCCAUUUACAACUCCCCGGUCCUGUCCUCGGGUUUUCUUGGUUUCUUCUCCUUGUCCCAUCGGCUCGUCGAGUCAGUUGCGCGCUCACCAUCCUCUGAUCUCUUUCGCGGAUACGAAGGUUUCUCUAUUACAUGACCUUGGAGCCACGGGGGCAGUUCUUGGUGGAGCCUACGCGCUUGUCUUGACCUUCGAAAGUCUCACGAAGCGAAACGUGGUUUCACAGAGAUUGAGUAGAAAGCUUGUGCAUAUACUCUCAGGUCUGCUUUUUGUACUCUCGUGGCCAAUCUUCAGUGCAUCUAAGGAGGCUCGAUACUUUGCUGCUUUAGUUCCAUUAGUGAAUUUUGUAAGACUUGUUGUCAAUGGACUAUCCAUCUCCCCCAACUCCACGCUAAUUAAAUCCGUCACUAGAGAAGGAAGACCAGAAGAGUUGCUUAAAGGUCCAUUGUUCUAUGUUCUAGCUCUUCUCGUCUCUGCGGUUUUCUUCUGGAGAGAUUCUCCUAUCGGUAUGAUCUCGUUGGCAAUGAUGUGCGGUGGCGACGGAAUAGCGGAUAUCAUGGGACGAAAGUUUGGAUCACAAAAGAUACCUUACAACCCAAGGAAGAGUAUGGCCGGAAGCAUCUCCAUGUUCAUAUUCGGUUUCUUUAUCUCCAUCGGGUAA